AAGAGGCGGGUUUACUGAAUGGGGCAGUCCUUAUCCGAAAUGUUAAUUCAAAACCAACUGAAUUGAGAGCUUCUCAGUGUCUGUCCACCAGCAGUUUACAUAAAGGUUCCCAUCUGUGAAAUUGUUCGUAGCUGUUGAGAACAGAAAAAUGGCCCCAAUAUCCAUUAAACGCAUUUUAAUCAGUGAAAGUGUUGAUCCUUGUUGUAAGAAGAUCCUGCAAGAAAAUGGAAUCCAAGUUACGGAGAAGCAAAACAUGAGUAAGGAUGACUUGAUUGCAGAGAUCAAGGACUAUGAUGGCCUUGUCGUUAGAUCUGCAACAAAGGUGACAGCUGAUGUCAUCAAUGCUACUGGAAACCUCCAAAUCAUUGGAAGAGCUGGGACGGGCGUUGACAACGUGGAUGUAGAUGCUGCCACUAAAAAGGGCAUCAUUGUCAUGAACACACCAAGUGGCAACACCAUCAGUGCUGCAGAGCUAACAUGUACCCUUUUGAUGAGCCUCUCAAGACAUGUGCCACAAGCAGCUAUGUCCAUGAAGGCAGGGAACUGGGAUCGUAAAAAGUUCAUGGGUGCAGAGAUGUAUGGCAAAAUACUUGGAAUAGUUGGACUUGGAAGAAUUGGAAAGGAAGUUGCCACCAGAAUGCAGUCCUUUGGCAUGAAGACCAUCGGCUAUGAUCCAAUCACUCCUCCUGAGGUGACUGCUACCUGGGGGGUGGAUCAGAUGUCCCUGGAACAGCUGUGGCCCCAGUGUGAUUACAUCACCGUCCACACGCCCCUCAUGCCUUCUACAGCUGGACUACUGAACGACACCUCAUUUGCUAAGUGCAAGAAAGGUGUCAAGGUCGUGAACUGUGCACGCGGGGGCAUCAUCGAUGAGGAUGCUCUCCUCAGAGCUUUGGAGUCUGGACAGUGUGGAGGGGCUGGCCUCGAUGUUUUUGUUGAGGAACCCCCAAAGAACCGUGCCCUGGUGAACCAUCCCAAUGUGAUUAGCUGUCCUCAUUUGGGUGCCAGUACAAAAGAGGCCCAGGCACGCUGUGGACAGGACAUCGCUCUGCAGAUUGUGGACAUGGUGAUGGGCAAGGGCUUGGUUGGAGCAGUGAAUGCCCAGGUUUUGGCAAGCACAUUCUCCCCUGGGUCUCACCAGUGGAUCAAACUUGGAGAGGCCUUAGGAGUUGUGCUGAAAUCAUGCACCACCUCUAAACAGCCCUUCAGCCAAGUCCAAAUCACAACUCAAGGAGACUGCUUGAACGGUUCCUCUGGUUACAUGACUUCAGCAGUGAUGGUUGGAUUACUUACUGAUGUUUCCAAGAGUUGCCCCAACCUGGUCAAUUCACUGACCCUGGCCAAGGAAUCUGGAAUCAAGGUAACCAGAAAUCACAGUGAGGGUCUGACUCAAGGUGCAUGUGAGGUUGAGAUCUCUGUCAACGGCUCCAGCUACAGAGCUACUGGUUCAGUCCAGGGAGGUGCACCAGUCUUGUUGGAGCUGAACCACAGCGUGUUCCGACAGCCUGUCUCUCUCACUGGCAACCUGCUGUUCUUAAAGGCCGCGGCUUCUCCUCAGCUCCUGCCCUCUGUAACCGGUUUGCUGGCCACGGCAGGGGUGGAAAUGGAGUCAUUCAGUGCCCCGGCAGCUCGUAGUGGAGAUCAGUGGUAUUGUGUGGGGUUAUCCUCUCUCUUGGGGGACCUUGGUGCUUUAAAACCUUUAGUGAAAGAAGCAGCACAGCUCUCUGUGUAAAUGGCAGUGAGAUCAUUGUUACAAUGCUGAGGGACCAGUAGAGCAUUCCAAUGUCUAACAUUUUAAUUAAUCAAAAUGGUUUCUUGGCGUUUUAACAUUGCAAUACUUGGUUUACAACACAAAUGCGUAUAAGUUACUAAAAAUGCACCUCUGUCAUUUCUAUUGUAGAGAUGCUGGCUAUAUGUAAUAAAUAAUCAAAUUGUUACAUUA